AUGACUGACAAUUCUACAUUUCCAUUUACCGUGACGGAACAUGUUGUCGAUGCGCAGCAUAUCCGUGAAUAUCCGAAUGCCACACGCAGGCGUGAUGCUUCGCUAAAGCUUAUCCUAAAGCAAUACACUCCCAUCGAUAACCCAAGCCCUCAAGCUGGCGACCUAACAAUAAUCGGAGCGCACGGGUGCGGGUUUCCGAAGGAAUUAUAUGAGCCGCUCUGGGAGGACUUACAUACUCGGGGUCAAGUCGAUGGCUAUCGAAUCCGAUCAAUCUGGAUCGCAGAUGUUGUUAGUCUCGGCGCAAGCGGUAUCCGCAAUGAAGAUUCUCUAGGAAAUGAUCCAUCUUGGAUGGAUCACAGCCGCGACCUCCUACACAUGAUCAAUACCUUUCGUGACCAAAUGCCACAGCCGAUUGUGGGCGUGGGACAUAGUAUGGGAGCCGGGCAACUUCUCCUUCUUUCCAUGCUCCAUCCCCGCCUCUUCACAUCGUUAAGUCUCAUCGAGCCGGUCAUCUCGCCCGAUGUCUUCACAGGCCAAGGCCCCAUCUUGGGCAUCGUGUCGCUCAAGCGAAAGGACACUUGGACCUCCAAAUCAGAAGCCAUAAAAGCCGCACGCAAAUCAUACAAACGAUGGGAUAAAAGAGUCCUCGACCGUUGGAUCGAUAACGCAUAUCGCGAGUUGUCGGUUCCAGCAAGCUGUGAUUCAGAUAACCCCCAGGCCGACCGACCCGUUAAACUGGCGAGCUCGAAAUACCACGAAGUCAUGCAAUACCUGCGCCCAAAUCCUCUGGACUACAAACCCGUGGGACAAUACGAGGUCGACGAGAUAUCUCCGCCUCACCACGACCACCUUCUUUAUCCCGAUAUCAUCGGUCCUCCGCACGCAACCUCGCCAUUCUAUCGGUACGAGCCUAUUAUGGCCUGGCAGAUGCUCAAGCACAUCCGCCCCGCUGUCCUCUAUCUCCAUGGCGACAGCAGCCCAAUUGCCAGCCCUGAAGUGUUGGCCAAGAUGUUGAAUCGGACUGGGACUGGGGUCGGUGGAAAUGGCGGUGUCCGAGAGUCGCGCGUGCAGCAGAGGAUUCUGAAAGGGUCGCACCAAUUGCCCCUCGAGAAGGUCGCGGAGACAGCAGCGGCCGUUGGUCCUUGGAUUGGUCAGUCCGCGCAAAGUUGGAAAGAUGACGAAGCGCGUCUGGAUGAGGGGUGGGCGCAACAAUCUAUGAGUGAGCGGUUGAAGGCCAUGGAUAAUUGGGUGCCUGUGCUGCAAGGACUUCAUAAGGCUGAUACACAGAAGCGAGACUCGAGGCUCUGA